GGCACUUGCUUGCGUCGCCGGUGACAAAUCUGCAGACAAGACGGCGAUCUUUGAAAUCUUCUGAUUUCCUAUUUCGGCGAACAUACAUCUGCAAACGAUCACUGUUGGACUGCUGUCAAAGCAGUCAUCUGUUGCUGCUUGCGGUAUGAUUGAAGAGGAAAUGCUCAAUGCUUCAAAAAGACAUGGUGAUGCACGGCACGCCGGGAUAUGGAAUCACUUGGUCAGAUGCUGAUGAUGGAGCGCGGACGCGGUAAUGAGCAGCGCGAGCAGCAGGUUGAAAUCGAUCCGGACUUCGCACCCCAGAGCCGGCCACGCUCCUGUACUUGGCCGCUGCCAUGCCCAGAAGAUUUUAUUGGAGUCGAAGAGGGGUACCCCGGUCUCCACUUGUCUUCUAUAAAGGAGGAGACGGAAGAUGUUCCAGCUUGCAGAGUCGAAUGGAGCGGCGGCGUGCCGACGGAGUUGAAGCAUUCGGCUGUUGCUCUGGCUCCCAGUCCGUCUACUCUUUCAAACCUACCCAGGGCUACAGUGAUCGACGUACAGUUGCGCAAAGCCAAGUCCUCACGACGGAACGCAUGGGGAAACCAGUCUUACGCGGAUCUUAUCACGCGUGCCAUCGAAAGCACACCUGAUAGAAGACUCACCCUGUCACAAAUCUACGACUGGAUGGUGCGCUGUGUACCUUACUUCAAGGAUAAAGGGGACAGCAACAGUUCGGCUGGGUGGAAGAACUCCAUCCGGCACAACCUGUCGUUGCACUCGCGCUUCAUGCGCGUGCAGAACGAGGGCACGGGGAAGAGCUCCUGGUGGAUGCUGAACCCGGGGGGCGGGAAGAUGGGCAAGUCGCUCCGCAGGCGGGCUGUCUCCGUCGACGACGGCACCAAGUGGUGGAAGAGCAAGGGCCGGGGAGGCGGGAAGAGGGGCGGGGGAGCGGCGGGGCCGCAGAGGUCACCUGAGCAGAACAGCCCCGGGAUGCUGGGUGGGAUCGGAUGCGGGGGGAAGGGAUUCGACUCUUGGGGGGACCUCCGCUCCCACACCGGGUCCUCCGACUCCUCCGGUCUCGGUGGUCACCUUUCCCCCAUAACGGCCGAGGGGGAGAAGGAGGAGACCGAGGAGGACGGCCUGUCCCGCCCGGUUUCACCCCGCCACCACCCGGCCUCCCCCACUGCAAACCCUCCUGCCCUGGACCUGCCCCACCUGGCUGACCUCACAGGAACCAUCAGCCUGGAUGAGGGUUACCCCCAGCCCCCGCAACCCCUCCCGCCGCCCCAUCACCGGGUCUCCGAAUUCUCAUUUAGUCCAGCUUCCGAGAGGCUGCACUGCAGCUCCACCUACAGCCAGUCAGGGGAGGCCAUGCGCCGGCACCACCUGCCUCUCCAGACCAUUCCGGAAAGUCCCGGCCAUGUCCACGGCCCCAUUAGGGGCUACUCAGGGAGCAGUGCUCUGCAGAACCUGCUCGUUAGCGGCCCACAGGACUUCGCCAAAGACCCGCGGCUGGGGCAGAACGGGCCCUUCCACCCCCUGUGCACCCUGUCCCACAGUGAAGACUCCAGGCAUGACCCUAACCAUCAUCACAACCAUAACCAUAAUCCCAACCAUAACCUUAACCUUGGCUGCAACCCUAUCCGUGAUCACAGUCAGAAUCGUAGUCACCACAACGACCACAACCCCAGUCACGGUCACAACCUCGGCCAUGACCAUGACCUCAGUCAUGACCGCGGUCGCCACCAGCAGCAAGCUCUCUCCCCAAGGCUUAACACCGGGCUUCUGCAGUCCUACUGCAGCCUAAAAGCCCAUGCUCCCUAUAGCUCCCCCUCGAAGAUCUACAACCUCCCGCCCGCCUCUCCUGCACAGUCCCCUGGCCAACUUUAUCAACCGUACAAUGUCCACCAGCAGCAACAGGAACACUAUUUCCACUCGCAAAGCACGGGUUACUAUGGCUACCACACCUACCAUUACCCAAGCCAUUCUUACAAGGAGUUGACCACUGACUCUAGCCUUGACUUCCUGCAUGGCAACUUGGACUGUGGCACUGAGCCGUUCUUCUUAAACGAUUCUGUGAGCUCUCAUGAGAUGGCCGUUGCUGUUCACCCGUCCCUGCCUCAAGGGCGUGGGCUGGGCCUAGGGGGACUUACUGCUCCUUCUGCUAAUGCCCAGGGCUGGGUUCCUGGCUGAGACCAAUGGCAUGACCGGAGUGGUUUCGACCACAAGGCUGGGCAGAUGACUCUAGACGGGUUCCAGUUUGCAGUCUGAUGUGCCUGAAGCUUAAUUGUGAUUGGCUGGUAUAGACAUAUACAAGCACACACAUCUGCCAGUCUCAGGAUACUUGUUUUCACCCUUGCCCUCUGCUGGAACAGUCUGUCAAUUCUCUCAAUUAUGUGUGACCUCCCUUGUCCUCAUCAUCUGUUAGUCUUGACCUCCCUGGCUUGUUAUAUUAGCAUAUUCACACAAGGCACAAGUCAUUGAAAUUUGGGCAGAUUCAUGAAUGACAAGAUAGCUGAAGAUUGAUCCUAGUUAUGAUACUUGGGGCCCAGAAAAUGUUCAUGUUGGUAAAUACAUCAUAUACCUCUACAGUGAAGAUAACUGAUUAGAUGGCUAAUGAACUUAUUUAUAACAAACAAAUUUCAAGCACAAAGCUCUAGGUUUUAUAUCGUACAGCUAUAUGGCUUCCAAUCUUUUAGCUGGCUUGCCAGCAAUUAAAUACUGUACUGAUAUCUUGGGUUUUCAGUGUACUUGUCCCUGGUUAUGCACUUUGUUGUACAUCGCUCUGGAUAAGAGCAUCAUGUAAUGUAAUAAUAUGCCCCUGAAAUUGUUUAAAGUUCAUUGUUUACUCCCAUAUGGUUAUAUUCCUUCAGAAUACAUGAAAAAUAUAUGUAUUGUAGGCAAACCCUGUGGUUGACUAAUUUACACUGUGGUGUGAUGAAAUGCUUUUGAAUUUUAGGGUAGUGCUCAAGCACAGAACAAAGGAAGUUGAAAGAUUAUGAAAGAUUCUCCUCUAUAUGAUCAUCAAUCCAUUAAAACACAAUAGAAGACCUUCAUUCUUAAAGACAAGCUGAAAUCAAAAUUCACUUUUCCUCAAUUUAGUAAAUUCUUCAUAACCAUAUGAACACGGCUUAAAGUACACAGUAUAUUCCAAAAAAUAUCUAAAAUUUUAAACAUUGUGUAUUCUCAGACCAAAGUUUAUUUCCAUCGAUUUCCAGGAAAACAAGAUUUUACAUCAUUGUGUACCAGUGUGUUGAUCAAAUCACCUCAAAUCAAUAUCCUUUUCACAUAUCACGUAAGAUAAUGCUGUUCUAACUUCCGUUUCAGCUUGUCUUUAAGGCCUUAAAGGCUUUAUUCACCCCAUUGUUCUGGUUCUUUCUGUAUCCCUUCCUAAAGCCAGUUAAAUCAACCAAACAGACCUAGCAGUAGCCCUCUGUGUGGUAUCAGUACAAUGUGCACAGUCAGCUAAUCUGAACCUCAGGUGAACAGCUGAUCCAGAAUAUAAGACAAUCAGAAUGGCAGUCAGAGACAUAACCUCCACUCCUCUAUUGUCCAUACCUUUAUCUCACUGGUUCUCAGUUCCUUCUCACUGUUAAAUGAUGUGAAAUUAGCUGAACUGGAAGUUGUUUGUGUGCAUCCCUUUCCAAGGAAAGUCCUUCUUUCUCUACCUACCUAGUGCCACUUUGGACCCAGCCCUUGUCACUAUAUGACCUGGCAGGGGGUGGGUGGAUUGUCCUGCUGAAUGACCCAAGCUGGAGAAAGGCCCUGCUAACACUGUUUCUGCUUGUAUUGGAUGAAAUAAAAUAAACAAUGUUUUGAUUGGAUAAACAGAUUUUGGGUUUUGCAGGUUAAUGUGGUUUCCCAAGAGUUGAUUAAUGAACUGUUUUUUUAAUUUUUUUUAUUAUUUAUUUAUUUUUGCAUGGCUGUGCAUAGGACCCUGUUCUUGUGUUGAUAGCCUUGGUAGGUUCUCUCGAAUCCUGGGCAUUGUGUCAGGGCAGUAUCGUAGAGUGCAGUGUGUGGUCACAGAUAGGCAGAAUGUGAUGGUCCUUAGACAGUAUAUCCAGUUUAUAUUUCAGAAUGCUAAAGAUGGGAAUUUAGCAUCGUGAGUGAGGUUUAGCCUUUUGUAUCAAGGUUCUGACAUCCUUAUUAUCUUAUAUUUUAAUUAGUAAAAUUAAUUUUCUACAAAAUGACAAUUGACAAUAUUGUUUGAAGAAUGUUUGUCUUAUAUUCUGGCGAA